CCUCCCUCUUUCCACAUGGACUUGCCCAUCAAAACUCCGCCGGAACUCCCUAUCAACAGCGGCCGGAAUCCCCGCUACUUCAUCGAAACCAAGUGCCUCUCUUACGUCCUCCCCGCCGGAAACACCUCCCACAGAACCAUCCUAAAUAACGUCACCUGCGAGGCCCGCCCCGGCGAGCUCCUCGCCAUCGUCGGCCCUAGCGGCGCCGGCAAAUCCACCCUCUUAUCCGUCCUCGCCGGCGCCUUUCACCAGGAGAAUAUCUCCGGCGCAAUCCUCGUCAACAACCGGGCCAUGGAUACCACUCACUUCCGCCGCAUCUCCGGCUACGUUCCCCAAGACGACGCCAUCAUCCGCGCGCGCGCGCUGCUUCUGCAACUUGGCCUCGCCCACGUCGCCGGGUCGCGGAUCGGCGGGAAAGGCAUUAGAGGUGUCUCGGGCGGCGAGCGACGACGCGUUUCCAUUGGCGUCGAGCUCGUCCACAACCCGGCAGUGCUCCUGCUCGACGAGCCCACAUCAGGGCUGGACUCGGCGUCUGCGUACCUCAUUGUUGCAAUGCUCAAGUCCAUGGCGGCGGGCAACGGAAAGACGGUUGUACUCACCAUCCACCAACCCGGAUUUCGUAUCCUCGAGCUGCUCGACCGGGUGGUUCUGAUCUCGGACGGCGUUGUACGGCACCAGGGGUCGCUUUCUUUGCUGGAGAAGCGGCUUGAGGAUGGGGGUCACAAAAUUCCUCCCCAUAUAAAUGUCCUGGAGUACGCCAUGGACGCGACGGAGAUGUUAACUAUUGAAACACAGGUGCAGGGGAGCAGCCGAGUCCAAUUCUCAGCUUUAGGACAGAACAGAGAAAAGAAUAACUGUUACUUCGCUAAUUCUCGCGUUAGCGAGGUAGUAAUUCUCGCGGAAAGAUUCGGGAAGAACAUUGUCAGAACCAAGGAGCUUUUUAUGGCUAGAAUGAUUCAGGCGGCGGUGGCGGGAUUAGGACUCGGGACUAUAUUCAUGAAUGUUGAGAGCCAGCAGGCAAAAGUUGGAUUUUUUGCCUUCAGCUUGACUUUCCUUCUGUCUUCCUCGGUGGAAGGCCUGCCCAUGUUCCUGCAGGAGAAGAGGAUUCUCAUGAGGGAGGUUUCUCGUGGAGCUUACAGAGUGUCAUCGUAUGCAAUAGCUAAUUCUCUGGUUUACCUUCCCUUCCUGCUGCUCGCUGCCAUUCUCUACGCUUCUCCGGUGUACUGGCUGAUCGGUCUGAGGAGGGAAAUCGACCAUUUUUUUUUCUUUUUGCUUGUUGUUUGGCUGGUGAUGUUGACGGCAAACGCCUUUGUUGCUUGUUUCGGCGCGCUGGUUCCGGAUUUUAUAAUGGGGAAUUCGGUGAUCGCAGGUCUGAUGGGCUCUUUCUUCCUCUUCUCUGGCUACUUUAUAUCGAGGCAGAGCAUACCCAGGUACUGGUUAUUUAUGCACUAUCUGAGUUUGUUCAAGUACCCAUUCGAAGCUUUGUUGCUUAAUGAAUUUGGCGGAGAGAAGGGAAGGGAGGUGUGCAUGCAGGGUGGGGACAAGGGAUGUAUGCUAACUGGAGGGAUGUUCUUGAGACAGCAAGGAAUGGAAGAGGCGCACAGGUGGUCUAAUCUUGGCAUGAUGUUGGGUUUCAUUUGUGUUUACAGAAUUAUGUCUUUGGUGAUUCUUUGGAUCAAGUGUCUCAAGAUCAGAAGAUAGAUGUUUUGAGUGAUUUUAGAGGGUUGUAGGUAUUUCAGCAUUCUUGGGCAUUUAUUUUAUUUUGAUGUUUUUUCUUGUUUAU